GGCAGCAGCGUCACCGCCGCCAAGGAAGCGUGAAAUGUAUGGUUGUCAUGUGUCAUCCAGUCUGGCUGGUGGUCAGCUGACAGACCCCGACUCCUCUGUGAUGUUUACUUUCUUUUCUUCAGCGCGUUAACGCCGGCGGGGCUUUUUCUUCCUGUGUUUGAUGAAUGCAGCGCUAUGCUUCUCCGAGGAGAACCAUGGUAGUCGUCAACUCGGUGCUCAAGCUGUUACAAAGGCAGACGUACACCUGUCUGUCCCACCGAUAUGGGCUCUACCUGUGCUUCGGGGGGCUCGUCCUCAUGAUAGUUUCUGCCUUUCAGUUCGGAGAGGUGGUGGUGGAGUGGAGUCGGGACCAGUAUCAUGUGCUGUUUGACUCCUACAGAGACAACGUGGGUGGGAAAUCCUUCCAAAGCAGGCUCUGUCUGCCCAUGCCUAUUGAUGUGGUGUACACCUGGGUGAACGGCACAGACGUCGCUCUGCUGAAGGAGCUGAAGACGGUCAAAGAGCAACUGGAGGAGGAACAAAGACUGCUGAGGGAACGCCUUGGGAAAAACGCAACGGAGACAACUGAAGUGCCAAAAGACAGUGUAAAGCCAGAAUGCCUGCUGUCCCACUGCAUCAUAGCGCCUAUGCUGGCCCUGGACCCGGCUCUGCCAGCCAACAUUACACUCAAAGAACUGCCAACACUCUCUUCCUCCUUCUCUGCUGCAAAAGAGCUGCUGCUGAUGAACAAACCCUUCCACCCGUCCACCACCGCCUCUGUGGUCGUCUUCCAUUCGCAGGCUGACGCUGACAAAGCCUAUACAGAUGUGUCUAGGGAGGACCAUAAAUUCUCUGUGUCCAGAUGUUACCUGACGACAGAUAAAGAGGCUCCUGGACUGAUCCGCAUGCAGGCUCUGGCUUAUCUUAGCGGCUUCCCGGCGUCUUUUAAGGAAACGGAGCAGCUGAGAGUCAAACUGCCGUCUGUCAUAACCAGUAAGAUCAAACAGUUUGAGUUGUACUCUGAGGCCAGCAUCGCCCUGCUCCACCUGAAAACCCCGCAGGAUUUCACCGAUCUGACCCAGCAGGCGAAGAAGAACCUGACCCUGGAUGGAAAGGAGUUAACUAUCACCCCUGGCUACUUGUUCUGGGACCUCACCGCCAUCUCACAGUCCAAACAGGAUGAAGACGUGUCAGCAAGCCGAUUCGAGGACAACGAGGAGCUCCGCUAUUCUCUGCGCUCCGUGGAGAGACACGCCCCCUGGGUGCGACACAUCUUCAUCGUCACUAACGGGCAGAUUCCCUCGUGGCUCAACCUGGAUAACCCCAGAGUUACAGUUGUCACACAUCAGGAUAUCUUCCAGAACCACAGCCACCUUCCCACUUUCAGCUCUCCUGCCAUAGAGACUCACAUCCACCGCAUCCCGGGGCUCUCCCAAAAGUUCAUUUACCUCAAUGAUGACGUGAUGUUUGGCAAAGACGUCUGGCCAGACGACUUCUACAGCCACUCGAAAGGGCAAAAGGUGUAUCUCACCUGGCCCGUCCCCAACUGUGCCGAGGGCUGCCCAGGAUCUUGGAUCAAAGACGGGUACUGUGACAAAGCCUGCAACAACUCUGCCUGCGACUGGGAUGGAGGAGACUGCCUCGGUGCAGCAGGGAACAGCCGUUUCGCAGCUGGUGUCGGUGGUGGCGGGCCCGGCGGAGCUGGAGCACAGGUGUGGCAGUUUGGAGGUGGUCUAGGAGGUUUCGGUGGGACGUCCUACUGUAAUCAAGGCUGUGCCAACUCCUGGCUGGCAGACAAAUUCUGUGACCAAGCCUGCAACGUACUCGCCUGUGGAUUUGAUGUGGGAGACUGUGGCCAAGAGCACUUUGGCGAGCUGCAUCAUGUGACCCUGCUGAGGAAUCGGAGCCUGUACACCCUCCCAGUAGGUGAAGUCAGGCCAUAUUUCAGCUUCGACAGACUGGCCCGCAGAGUCUCCGAGGCCCACGUCAGCGACAACGCGGCAGUCCGCCACACCUCCGUCGCCAACAAGUGGAAGACCAUCCACUUGCUGCUCCAUCCCGGCCACAACGCCACCCAGAUCCAGUACAACAUCACCUUCCAGAGAGAAGACGAGACUGAGUUCGUCAUGAGCUUCAGUGUAGCUGUUGACACCCGUGAGGUACUGCAGGUUAACGUGUCGCAGACGGUGAGCAAAGACGCCGCCAAAGAGCCAAAACCGACCCCGACUCCGGAGCCACCGUUCCCGUUCUCGGAUAUUCCUGAGGACAAACAGGGUCCCAAGAUCCAGAAGAGGGGGCCCGGUGAACUUCAGGUUGUCAUAGAGGUUCCCUCGCUGAAUGUGUCACUUCUACCAGCUCCUGUGCGCGACGAGCUGCAAAAGCUAGAGGAGAAGCUUCUGAUUGGCGACAUUACUAUGAAGGGUUAUAACUUCACAAAGGCUGAACUUUUAAAACCUUACAAGACGCUGGCUCAACAGCAGCAGGUUGUCAAUUCAAAUCCAGCUAAUGAAGGUGGAGCCAAGGUCCAGGGAAAGCCUUAUAAAGACCUGGAGGGAGAAGCGCCUGUGGAAGAGAGAGCUGGAAAUAUCGUUCAGAAAAGUCAAAACUCAAAAGAAAAAACAACCAGGAAAGAUCAAAAACCUGCCACUCCUCUUAUACCAGUCCAUAUUGACGACGAGAAAGACUUUGAAAUACCCAAACACGACCUUAAGGCUGCGAUCGACAGGCCUAUGACUUCCAAACUGCUGAGCAGCAUUUCCAAAACCAAGAGCGCCGAGAAUCGGGCAGAGCCAGCCGGCGCUGCAGGAGGAGCUCCGGUUGGGAGGAGACUCCAACACUUCAUCUCCGCAGACAGAGGCUUCCUGCCAUGGGAGAGGAGGAAAUACUUCCAGAAACUGCUUGAGGAAGAGGAGAGUCUGCAGAGAGAGCUGUCGUAUCAGACUGACGGUGCCGCCGCAGCCCGAAAGCUACAGGACACUUUUGCCGACUCGCUGCGCUAUGUCAACAAGCUGCUCAACGGCCAGUUUGGAUUCACGUCCCGCAAAGUCCCCGCGCACAUGCCCCACAUGAUCGACCGCCUCGUCAUGCAGGAGCUGCAGGACACAUUCCCAGAGGAGUUUGACAAGACGUCAGCACAUCGCGUUCGUCACUCAGAGGACAUGCAGUUCGCCUUUUCGUACUUCUACUUCCUGAUGAGUGCUCAGCAGCAGCUCAACGUGUCUGAGGUGUUCGACGAGAUCGACACUGACCACUCGGGCGUGCUGUCCGACCGGGAGAUUCGAACACUCGCCACGAGGAUCCACGAGCUGCCGCUCAGCCUCCAGGAUUUGACAGGCCUGGAGCAGAUGUUGAUAAACUGCUCAAAGACUCUCCCGACUAACCUAACCCAGCUCCACCUGGUGAACCCAACUCAGGAGGCCUACUAUGACCCCAGCAUGCCUUCUGUCACAAAAGGCCUCAUCCUCCACUGCAAGCCCAUCACAGAGCGUAUCCACAAAGCCUUCAAAGACCAGAAUAAGUACAAGUUUGAAAUCAUGGGGGAAGAGGAGAUAGCGUUCAAGAUGGUGCGGACAAAUGUGUCCCACGUGGUCGGCCAGUUAGACGACAUUAGGAAGAAUCCCAGGAAGUUCAUCUGUCUGAAUGAUAACAUCGACCACAGCCAUAAGGACGCUGCCACAGUGAAAGCUGUGCUGAGAGACUUCUACGAGUCCAUGUUCCCGCUGCCGUCCCAGUUUGAGCUGCCCAGAGAGUAUCGCAACAGGUUCCUGCACAUGGAAGAGCUCCAGGAAUGGCGGGUGUAUCGGGACAAGCUGAAGUUCUGGACGCACUGCGUCCUCGUGACACUCGUCAUCUUCACCAUUAUGUCCUUCUUCGCCGAACAGCUGAUUCUGCUGAAGCGAAAGCUGUUCCCCAGACGCAGAGUAAACCGGGACAGCAACCCUGAGAGGGUGUGACAUGGGAAGACUCCCCUCUCUCCUCUCUGCUCUCUCCUCACUUCAACCUCCACCCUUUCUCUCCUGCUCGGUAGAGAGGACAGACAGAAGAGGAUUGGAAGUGGACACGGGGAAAUCUGAAGUCCUCGAAGCUCGUGUUGCAUCAGCGCAGACGGAGAGGUCAGAGACUCGUGUGAGACGAAACAUUUUUCAGAAGAUGGAUGGAUGGAGCUGGCCGGCGAAAGGAACGGCAGCCAGAAAGAAGACACCUGUAAAUCUUCUUUUCCUCCACUGAGGGGCAUCUGAGACUUUUGUACAACACACACAUACACACAUAAACACUCCCUCCACACCGCGCCGCCCUCCUCACCAUGCUGUUGUUUGACGCGUGAAACAUUUGAUAGUAGCAGGUACGUGUGUGUGUGCGUGCGGCACGUUUUACCAUUUAAAUUCACAAACUUUUGCCUUUAAAGCUCCGAUGAUUGGCAGAUGAAUCAACAGAAAACAAUCUGAUUAUGAUAAUUGGUUAAAUAAUCAAACAGCUUCUUUAAACGAAGUAAACUUUUUCUGUUUUAUGUCACUGUAAGUUUAAUAUAUUUGGGGUUUUGUUUGAAGAUGGGCAUUAAUUAAAGCAAUUAAUUUAAAAAGAUUAAAAAAAAAGAGGUACGUCCAGCCCUGAUUGUGUUUGGCUUUUUACUGUUAUGGCUUCGUUUUAAAGAUAUGUGUGUGGGGGGGUGCAUAACAUUUAAAUGUUGGCUGUUGUCUUUAAAAACAUGAAACUUGAAGUGCCUUCGUUGUUCAUUCCUGCUUGUUUGAACAUUUUUGUUGUUUUCUUUUCUUUUUUUUUAAUAAUGUCUUAUAAAUGUUUGGCCACACCACAACCCACCUCGAGUGAGUUACAACGAGAACGAAUGAAUGGGGAUAUAGGACAAUAAUGAUUCUUAACGUGGUACAAAUGUAAUUGACUGUUGGAGCUACGUGUACAUGAUACAACAGCGUUCAUAGCCACCUGUAUGUGUGUCCCUGUGGGACUCGACAGGCUCGCUACUGUCUGAAAUUCAGACCCCCCUCAGCAUGUUCUGUAACUUAUUUUGAUUGUAUUAUCGUGACCGUGAGUUUCAGUGACUGAUGCAUCUUAAUCCGAAUGCUGCAGAAUGUAAAAACCUACCCUCAGACUCUGACAGUGCUCGUCAAACUGUUCCAACUUUUUUCCUCUGAAUGUCACUUUUACAGAGUUCUUUAUUAUAUUGACAAAAAAAAGGAAGUACUACUUGAGACCGUCAGUAUUUUGCCAUGGAAGUCAGAUGAUGUGUUGUGUCAGCAGGCGUGUGACGGUGACUAACAUACAUGGAAAUUGAGAUUUCCUCAGAUUGCAUCAGUUCAGUCGGUCCUCUGAAAUAAAACGUGAUUCGGUUCAGUCAA